CUGAUGAAUGAUGGCUAUAUUUCUUAUGGUCAGUGUGUACUCCAGGUUUUCAUCUUCACAUCUCUGGCUUGGUCUGAGUUGGCCAUUCUCACAGUGAUGUCUUAUGACCGCUAUGCAGCCAUCUGCUUCCCACUACACUAUGAGGUCAUCAUGAAUCCUAGUAAGUGUCAGUGGGCUGUGAUAGCUGUAUGGCUAAGUGGAAGCAUCUCUGGAAUCUUGUACACAUCAGCCACGUUCUCCAUUACAUUCUGUAAGGCCAAAAUAAUUCACCAGUUCUUCUGUGACGUCCCCCAGUUGCUAAAGCUCUCCUGUUCAAAUAAUUACCUUGGAGCGAUUGGAGUGGAAGCUUUCAUGUUUCUGAUUGUAUUCAUCUGCUUCUCCUCCAUUGUCAUCUCCUAUAUCCACAUCUUCUCCACAGUACUAAGAAUGCCCUCUGAUGAGGGCAGAUCCAAGGCCUUCUCUACCUGCCUGCCCCACCUCUUUGUUGUCUCCUUUUAUAUCACCACAGGUACCUUUGAGUUUCUAAAACCGACUUCAGAUUCUCCAACUGCUUUUGACCUUAUGAUCUCUAUCUUUUAUACUGUCAUUCCGCCAAUACUCAACCCUAUUAUAUAUGGUCUGAGGAAUGAGGCCAUGAAGGAAGCUUGCAGAAAGUUACGGUUGGGUGGACAAUUCACCAGGAAAAAAACAUUUUUAUUCUGUUGUUGA